CUGAGUUUGAUAAGUGUCUUAUUAGUUAGAUUGAAAUUAAAGGUUGUUAAUUAAAAUCAGCAAAGAACUUUUUUGAGAUGAAAUAAAUUUUUAAUUUAUUUUUAUUCAUUGGUAACCAUCAUUUUCGAAAAGUAAAUUGUCUGUUUUGUUUGAAUUUGCGGAUCAAACAUCAAAAAUCUGCUAAAAACAUCGUUUCAAAAUUGUGGAAAAAUGCCUCCCGUCGGCGAUACCAAAGACAAUAAAUCGAUAAUUUUGGAGUAUGUGAACAGUAGCAAGGUGGUCAUCUUCGGCAAGGAGUCUUGUCCAUACUGUAGAAAAGCCAAGAGAAUGUUCACCGACCUCAACAUCGAAUACAACUAUGUCAACCUGACUGAACUGACCAAGGGUGAAGAACUGUUCACAACCUUGAAAGAGAUGUACGGUCAGAACACCGUACCUCAGAUAUUGAUCAGUGGCCAGUUAGUCGGGGGUUUUGAUAGCGUGGAGAAACUCCACUCAGAAGGACAUCUGCUGCCGAUGAUUGCAGGAGAGAUCGGGCUCGGUGUCGAAGUUCCGGAUGGAGAUUAUGAUUAUGAUCUCAUCGUGAUUGGUGGUGGAUCCGGGGGUAUUUCCGCUGCUAAGGAAGCUGUCAGUUGUGGCAAAAAAGUUGUCUGCUUCGAUUUUGUCAAGCCAACCCCACUUGGAACUACUUGGGGCCUAGGAGGUACCUGUGUGAAUGUUGGAUGCAUUCCAAAGAAAUUAAUGCACCAAGCUGCACUGCUGGGACACUCUAUUAAAGAUGCCACCAGCUUUGGAUGGGAUAUUGGUAACUGUCAGUCAGCAACUCAUAAGUGGGAGAAGAUGGUUGCAAAUAUUCAGGACUAUGUGAAGUCCUUGAACUUUAACUUUCGGGCCCAGUUCAUUAAGAAAGGGGUGAAAUAUGAGAACGCGUAUGCUUCGUUUGUUGGGCCACACAGAGUUAAGUAUGUAAACAGACGUUCUGAAGAGAAAGAGAUGACAGCUCGUUACUUCAUCUUGGCUACAGGCUGUCGUCCUAAAUACAUGGACAUUCCCGGAUGCGAGUACUGCAUCACUAGUGAUGACCUCUUCUCGCUUCCUCAUUCUCCAGGAAAAACUCUCGUAGUUGGAGCGAGUUACGUAGCGUUGGAGUGCGCGGGCUUCUUGAAAAGUCUAGGACUGGAUGUUACAAUCAUGGUGAGGUCCAUCCUGCUGCGAGGUUUCGAUCAGCAGAUGGCUGACCUGAUUGGCAAGUACAUGGAGGACGUAUGCGAUAUCAAGUUCCUCCGUGGGUUCAUACCUACUAAGAUCGAAAAGGUCAAGGAUGCAGAGCCCGGUAAGCCAGGGACCUAUAGGGUCACGGGUCUCAACAGUAAGGAUAAUGGAGAUGAAAUCCAAGUUGACGAUGAAUAUAAUACUAUUUUGUUGGCUAUUGGUCGGGUUCCAUGCACAGCUGAUCUCAAUCUGAAUGCCGUUGGUGUUAACUUUGAUAAGAAGUCAGGCUAUAUAAAAUGCAACGAGCGUGAGUGUACCUCAACGCCAUACAUCUUCGCCGUUGGGGACAUCGUAGAUGGCAGGCCCGAACUCACCCCAGUAGCGAUUAGGGCCGGGAAGUUGUUGGCCAGGAGGUUGUUCGCCGGAGAGAUGACUUUGUGCGACUACAUUAACGUACCGACCACUGUCUUCACCCCACUGGAGUACGGUUGCAUUGGCCUCAGUGAGGAGACAGCUAUUGAGACCUAUGGUAGCCAUGAUGUUGAGGUGUUUCAUUCAAAUUUUGUCCCUCUGGAAUGGCAAGUUCCCCACCAUGAUUUUCAGUGCUACGCCAAGCUUGUUUGUGUCAAGUCUUUGAAAAAAAGAGUUGUUGGACUUCACAUAGCUGGACCAAACGCAGGGGAGAUAACACAGGGCUGGACAGUUGCUAUGAAGAUGUUUGCAACGAAAGAUGACUUUGAUAGCUCCAUUGGCAUCCAUCCUACUUGUGCUGAGGUCUUUACUACGAUGGCUGUCACCAAAGAUUCGGGCGAUUCGGCUGAAGCUGAAGGCUGCUGAGGUUAAACAUCCUGCUGAUCCUACAACUGCAUACAUACAAACAUACAUACAUACAUACAUACAUACUUACAUACAUACAUACUUACAUACAUACAUACAUACAUACAUACAAACAUACAAACAUACAAACAAACAAACAAACAAACAUACAUACAUACAUACAUAUGUGCAGUUGUAGUAAGGCGGGAUGUAAAUACGGUAAUACAGUUGAGGAAACAAAAAUUCAGCAGAAAUACAUACAUGCAUGCAUGCAUGCAUGUGUCGUUAUAUUAUGAAUAAAUCAAUCAACAAUCAAAAUUUUUAUUUUCAAAUGUAAUAACAUUAAUAACAAUUAUUAUUAUUAUUAUUUCAUAUUAGUCUGAUGUGCAUGCAUGCAUGUAUUCCCCGCUGAAUUUUAUUUAGGUCAGUAUCUCGAUAACGUAUCUCACUCAGUUUCGCAUAAACACUAUAUGCAUCUACAACAACAACAAUAAUAAUAAUAGUUGUUGUAAUUAUUGUUAUUAAUUCAUUGUUGUUGUUGUUGUUGUUUGGAUCUUGUUUUUGUGAUAAUUAAUGACGAUGACGUCCUUAAACCUGAUUGGCUGGAGUUGUCCGAUGGAUUGGGUGAAUUUUAUCGGGAUUGGUUGACCAAUUUAUUAUCAUUUGUAUUAUUUUAUUAUUAUUCAUCAUUGUCUCAUAUAUUUCAUAAGGUUUUAUUGAUGUUUCUAUUGUUAUUGUUAUUUUUAUUAUUAUUAUUUUGAUUUAAUCAAUGGUGACGUCAUUUUGUUAACUGGGCAUAAGAUUUUCUAGUUUACCCUGCCUGCCAACUAUGUGAUGUAAAUAAGUCAAUAAAUAAAUAAAUGUCAAUAAAUUAAUACCGCAUUAAAAUUCUUUUUUAUCAUUUUUAUAAUAAAAAAAA